AUGCUCUCCCACCUCAAAUUCCACCGGUGGGGGUCCUCUGCCCCUAGCUCCCCAGUGACCCCCAGCGCCCCGAAAACUCCUGGCGAAAACAACCAGCUGCAACGGCACGAGUCCCACCAAAGCCAGUAUCAACAGCUCGACUCGGCCCAGCUGUCGCCACAGCCUUCCUCUGGAAGUAGCAUGAUGCCACCCGUGUCCGCGACGUCGAGCAACCAGAACAAUGCUAGCCCUGCCCUGCCACCGACCCUCCCUGAGAUAGUCCGCGUAGCUUCACCCGAGCUCGACCCCACCGAUCGCAAGCAUCACAAUGUCGCCGCCAGCGAGGUCACCGGGUCAUCACUCCGCGUUGACGGUCACAAAUAUUCCUCCCAGUCGCAACAGAAUCAGAAUGCCCCAGCGCUUCCGCGCUCGCCCUACGAGGGCAAGAUGGACUUGGGUUUCAUUGGUGGCGUGGCUUUGCGCAACUACAAGCGCACGUUGCAGGCCCAGCAUGAGGCGGCCAGCAGCCAGCCCGAAACCACCGAGAUGCCUCCAGCUUCGAAUUUGAACUCUGUCUCGACAUCGAACUCAAACGACGGGAGGCAAGAAACAAAGUCGCGGCCUUCGCUGCGCCAGCGACCAGUGCCAGCUCCCAUUAACACGGACACGGGGCCGACGAGACCGCCACCGCAGGUACUGCAACACCACACAUACGGGCCGCACAAGUCGUCCUCGCCGUCCACCUUUGUGGCGCCGACUGAUGUUCAAAAGCCGACAUCGAGCCAAGGUCUUUCGGGACGACGCCCCGCGGGCGCAAGAGCGCCGCCAGAACCAGCGACAACAUCAUCGACAUCACUCAACCUGGCGCCACCCGAACCGCACAAGAGCAGGAAAGGGUUACCGUUCCUCAAGAGUUCCAUGUCAUCCUUGCUCGCCCGCAGGAAACACGCGCAGCAAGUGGCAGAACAGCUGCCGCACCCCAGCCAGACGGAGCAACCAACAUACGACCCCCGCAUCAGGGGAACCCGUGUGCACGACUUCAGUGCUCCCAAACGGAGAGGCUAUUCUUCGGAAAGCCGUGAGAAUCGCCGUCAAUCUGGUGACGAGGAGAGACCGAGCGUGCCACCCAAGGAUUCGAAAAGCCUUUCGCCCGAACCGAUGCUAGUUCGCGGUUCCUCGGGGCCAUCAGUGGUCGAAUCCGUCCAACCGCACCCAGAGGAGGAUGUGGCGGUGCAAAGGCAACAGUCUAUCCCGCAACGUCCAGAGUCCUCCUCAUCCUCGCGGUACAGCGACAGGACUGAGAACGCACCCGGACCUGUACCCGCACCAACCACCCGGUCCAGGAACAUUUCCAUAUCCUCCGAGAUGUCCAUGGGGUCCAGACUAUCAGGCAUCCCCAAGCACAUGAAGAGCACAUCCUCGCGGUUUAGUUUUGACAUGAUUGGCGCAGCGAAGCAGGAAAAGUUGCUGGAGGAGCGGCACAGACAAAGGGAGGCAGAGAAGAAGGUCUCGGACAGCGCCAUGCCACGAGAUUCACGUUUCGACGAUUUUGACGAAGAUUUUGACUACGACGCUAUGAUGGACGAUGAUGGACUGGAGGAAAGGAUACCCGGCGUCAACGCAGACUAUGAAGAGGAGGACAACUUUUACAUUGGGGAGGACGACGUGAUAGGCGACGACGUAGACCCCGACAACGACCAGGAGAACUUCGCCGGCUUUUCUUUCCAGCGAUCCAAUGGCACGUCACCUCUGAUACCGUCCCCCGGGCAUUCCGGCCUCGUGGGCACACCGCAGCCCACGGGUGAGGCUGGCGACGGCCAGUUCUUGUCGCCGCCGCAAGCUUCACCGGCAGGUCUAGGUAUCCAAGGCACCGUGACAUCAAACGAAACGGCGACAAAAGUUGGACCGCAAGAGGACCUAUACUACGAGGACGACUUUGCGGAGGAUCUUGCACGACCGCCUUCCUGGGAAGGAGCUCCCUUUGAUGAGUCCAUCUUUGACAACAACGACACCGACAGCUACGGGCGGCCCAUUGCUGGCGCUUUUGCCCAGGCCAAGUCGGACCGCCAGGCUGCGCUAGAGGAGGCUGCCAAACGAGAGUCCGAUAUGACGUCGCGGCUCUCUGCGCAGUCCGACACGGCCCACCAAUCUACAGCACACACAUCUGUGAGCCAAGCGCAGCCGUCGUCGGCAAAGAUUGAUGAAUCAUGGGGGGGUGACACGGAGGCGACGCACACGGACCACAGCACGAUGACCCAGGACCAGGGCCCCAUGGCGGCAUACCAAGCAGCUCUCGCUGCCGCAGCUCAUGUGGCGGCUGCCAAGGGCAAAUUCAAGUGGGAACAGUCGCCAUCUGAGAGCCAGGUUCUGGCUCCCAAGGGGAGCGUGGGGGAGGGGGAGGAGGAGAAGCUAUGGCAGCCCAGUCACGACGUGGAUGACGACAGCUUCGGGUACGAGGACAUGGACGACUUUGAGCUCGACAACGGCUUUGUCGCCGAAGCGAACGCAGAGGCGCUUGCCAGCGAUUCGGACGGGUGGUACGGACAGGAAUUUGGAUUCUACUCGGCCCCGGUGCCCGGUCGGGAUUCGAAGCAAGGGCCAAGUGACAAGGCGGCUUUCAUGUACGCCAACGGGGGCUUCUUUGGACCCAAGGACGGUGUCAGCCGGUCCAAGAGCGGCCGGGUGGUGUCGCAGGAGCCGAACCUGACGCCGAUCACCGAGCGGUCCGAGUACUCGAACCGCAACUCGGUCAUGAGCAUGAUGCCAGGCUUCGCGCUGGGCACGCCGGUGCAGUCGCCAGGUCUCGCGCAGCUCACCAUGAUGGCGGACCGUGGCGACGAAAUGUCACUGUCGGCGCUCCUGCGAUUGCGCAACAAGGCGUGGGGCGGGUCGCAGGCGAGCCUGGCCUCUAGUAGGGAGGGCUCGCCCAGGUCCGAGAGGGGUGACGCGCCCUCGUCGCCGUGGACGGCGCAGUGGAACGGCCAUCCUCACGCACACGCACGGAAGGGGUCGCUGAUCUCGGGCAUGAGUCUCGAGUCAGAUGCGAACGCGCAUGCAAGCAACAGCCCGACGGCCACGGCGGCGUGCAUGUCGUCGUCGGCGCCUGUCGGUCAGGGGCGCUCCUACAUAGCACCUGCGCCGCGGCUCUCGGCAUCAUCCCAGCCGGAGAAGGGACAGCAUCAGGCAUAUGCCGGCAAGUCGCCCGACUCGGCGGGCACGUCCAGCUGCUACAGUCCGGCGGGUUCAAGCGUGAGCCCGAGCCUCAGCCGCCGCUCGGAGCCCGGCCACAAGCAUGGCAACUCGGCGGACAGUAUAUCGUACACGCGCGAGGAUGACAGCGGAGAAGGCAGAUGGGUCGUCGAGAGAAAACGGGUAGACGAGUCGGGGCAAGUGGCAACAGCGAGAGAGGUGGUAGAAGGCGGUCGUAUUUGA